AUGGCUGGCCUACUAAAAUACAAAUUUACCAAGACCAAAAAGACUGAUGGUAGUGAAAAUGUUGCACAAAUUAUUCAAAGUCCAUGUACAGAAAAUACGGUCUCUUCUGUCAAAAAAUAUGUCGCUGAAAUACCAAUAAUACCAGACUCUAAAUCAGAGUUUCCUGAAUGCUGGGAUUUUAAGCAGAUUACUUAUUUUACUAAAGAAUAUCCUUGGAUUUAUUUUAAAAAUAAACAUAUUGGAUGUAAGAUCUGUAGAGAUGUAAAUCAAAAUUUAUUAAAUCAAAAAGGAUCACAUGUGGCAUCUGAAUGGUCUAAUGGAGAAGUUUAUUCAUCAGGUUCUACAUUAGAAAAGAAAAAAACUAAUUUAAGAAAAAAAAUUUCUAAACACAAGAAUUCUGCUGCUCAUUUAAAUGCACAAAAAGUUAUAUUUUUGUCUGAAAAAAAAGUUAUUGAUGAACAUAUUUCAAUGUUGAUGGUGACUGAUCAAGAAAAUACUGCAAGAAUAUUUCGCACAGCUUAUUUAAUAGCUAAAAAUCAACGCCCUUAUACAGAUAUGCCAAAACUUACAGAUCUCCAAGAAUUAAAUGGACUUGAUAUGGGAAGAAUACUUCAGACUAACGUAUCAUGUUCUAAUAUUAUUGAUCACUUGGCCUUAGAAAUGAGAAGGAAGAUUGCUAUGGACAUAGUGAAAAAUAAUAGAAAAAUUUGUAUUUUAGUUGAUGAAUCCACAACAUUAAGUAAAAAAUCUAUGUUAGUUAUAUGUUUACGUUGUGCAGUUGGUGAACUUAAUGAAGUAUACACAUUUUUGUUUGAUAUUGUUGAAGUAUCAAAUACUUCAGCUAAAACUAUAAAAGAUUCUAUAUUACAAGUAUUGGAAAAAUAUGGUAUGGACACUGAUUUUUUGAAAAAAAAUUUUAUUUCUUUUGUGAGCGAUGGAGCUUCAAACAUGUUAGGCCGUAAAGCAGGAGUUGGUGUAUUAUUACAGAAAAGUUUUCCUCAUAUUAUACUUUGGCAUUGUUGUAAUCACCGUCUAGAACUUGCUGUUGCGGAUUGUUUAAAAGAAGUAAGUGGAAUUAAUCAUUUCCAAUCAUUUAUUGAAAAACUAUACUCACUGUAUCACAUGUCACCAAAAAAUAUGAAUGAGUUGAAAGAAUGUGCUAAUUCUAUUGAUCAACAGUUAUUAAAAAUAGGUAAAAUAUUUACAAUUAGAUGGGUAGCUUCAAGUCUUCGGACAAUAAAAGCUGUUUGGAAUAACUUUGAAUCUCUUUUUCAACAUUUUUCUAAUGCAAUAAUGGAUGAUCAAAGGAGCUCUAAAGAAAAAGCAAAGUAUGUUGGUUUGAAAAAUACUUUAAAAUCCAUAGAAUUUGUUCACAACCUUGGCAUACUGUUUGAUGCUCUGACAGAAUUAUCAGAUUUGUCCAUUCAGCUCCAAAAAAGAGAUCUAUCUCUUAUGGCUGCUCAUAAAUUAAUUGAACGGACCAUUAGCGUUUUGGAAUCUAUGGCUAAUAAAAAUGGUGAAAAAACCAAAGAAGUAAAUUCUGCUUGUGAACAAAAAGAAUUUAAAGGCAUUAUAUUAGAACAUAAAUAUUCUGUGGUAAAAAUUGAAAUCGGCCAAUUUUUUAGAAGUUUGUCUGACAAUCUAAAACAAAGACUUUUUACUACACAAUCUUCUCAUGUAUCAAUUUUAGAUAAAGCUGAUCCUUAUAAAGAUUUAUUUAAUAAUUUAUUGAUUGAUUUAACCAUGCUUUCUCCUGAUAAUUGGCCUGAUAACUGUGAUGUACAGUUUGGUGAUAUAAAUGUAAGCCGUUUGUCUAAAAUAUUUCAAAUUGAUCAAAGAGCCAGUGUACGAGGAUUUCGUGAAUACAAAGUGUCUUAUCCUUCAGUAAAUACAGACAUUGAACCAUUAAUGACCGCUGUAAAGACUUUGGCUAUUUCUUCUGCUGAAUGUGAACGGUCCUUUAGUUCAAUGAACGAAAUUGUUUCUUCAAAAAGAAGUGUGUUGACUAGUGAUCAUAUUUCAUCGUUAGCUUUCAUUAAUUGUACUGGACCACCAAUUAAUAAAUUCAAUCCCAACAUCUAUAUUAAAACUUGGAUAUUAUCAGGGAAAAGAACUGCAGAUGAACAAUGUUGUCCAAAAAGAAAAAAGAAAGACGAAGAAGAAUCUUAUACAUCUUUAUGGUUAUGUUUAGAUAAAUAG